AUGAAGUCCGCUCUUGCCUCCCUCCUCGCCCUGGCUGCCUUCGCCACGGCCACCGAUUCUUUCAACUUCCCCGGCGGUGGUGACGGUGAGGAUUGCUCAGACGAGCCGAACAGCAGCACGGGCUUCUUCGUGCCCUCCACCACCAUCCACGCGCAUCCGACGACGACGCCCGUCGGCGAGCUGCUGCCGAGUGUCGAGCUGACCACGAGCACCAUCUUCUCGACCACGACCAGCACCAUUAUCAGCUGCCACCCCACCGUCACGUCGUGCCCGGCCGAGAGCACCGUCCUCACCACCGUCACCGUGGCUGUCAGCACCACCCGCCGUGCCUGCCGUCUCGUCGCCGGCAAACUCUUGGGUCGCACCCACCAGCGCCCCGGCCGCCUCCUCCUCCCCGGCUGCCCCGUCUGCCCGGCCCCCGCAGCCAGCACCCCUGCUGCUGAGGCUUCUUCGGCCCCUGCUGCCUCCGCGCCGGCGUCCAAGGCCUGGAGCUCGGCUGCUCACCCUAGCGGUGCUGCUGCUGGCUCCGGCACCUCGGCCCCCAAGACCCCGACCACAUCUGCUCCCCAUGUCGUUGUCACGGCCGGCGCUGCUCACAACGGUCUCGGUGCGGCCGGCGCUGUUGCCGCAGCCGUUGCCGUUGCCGCCCUUUUCUAA